GAAGAGGAAGGAGGAACAUCUGCAGCUCUCUGCUGGACUGUUGUGAACAUCAGUGGUUUCUCUUUUGUGUUGCAUGUAUUUUUAAUUCCCUCUGUGAGUUGAGAGAGUCCUUCAUCUGUGGACUGGUUUGUCUUCUGUCUGUGGGAACAUGAGCUGGACGCUGCUGCUCAGGUUUGCUCUGUGUGCAGUCGUGUGCCUCCUCUGUGCUGCAGCUCCCACGGCCUCAGGCUGUGAGGGAGACGAAUGUGACCGAGGCCAGACACCUUCCUCCUCCUCCUCCUCCUCCUCCUCCUCUUCCUCGGGGGUGAGACCCCAGCAGCCGUCCCAGGACUUCCUGGGUCAGUUUGCCCAGGUGGGCUCCUCAAACAGUGGGGACCGUAAACACCGCGACGCCGGCGCCGUCCUGCCCUUCAUCGGCCUCACGGGCAGUGCCGAGCAGAGUCGCAGCUGCUGUAAGAACGGAGGAACCUGCAUCCUGGGCAGCUUCUGCGCCUGCCCGCCGUUCUUCACCGGGCGGAGCUGCGAGUACGACCAGCGCAUCAGGAGCUGCGGCUCGAUUCCUCACGGCGAGUGGGUUCAGAAGGGCUGCUCCUACUGCCGCUGUGGCUACGGCGUCCUGCACUGCUUCCCCCACGUCUUCCACAAGGACUGUGAUGACUCGGAGGAGGUGCGGUGGUUUCGCUCCUCAGCCGUCGCAGCAGCUCAGGGCAGCUACUUCCUGUGUGUGACGCUGCUUCUUCCUCCUCUGCUCAUCUUCCUCUGAUGGUUUUAAAACCCCAACAGCUGCUGGACAGAAACUCAAACAGGGAUUCAUGUGAAACGCUGAGCUACGGAGUUUCAUCCGGGUGUUGUAUCCAUCGACGCAACAGGAACACACAGGAAGUGGAAAUAUAUAUUGAGAAUCAGGAAUCCUGGAUGAACAUUUCCUGGAUUCAAACUCCAGCAUCAGACUGUGUUGUGGUUUCCACGGGGACCAUCGGAGAUCUUCUCUUGAGGACUCGUGUUUCUUUUGAAUUCAGUACAGAUUCUUUUACAUUACAGACGUUCGGUUACUUUUCGUUCCAAGAAUUUGAGUAAAUAUACUGUGGAUGACUCCAGUGACAGAUUUGAACAUUUUUAGGAUCAUCCAGCAAUGAUCAACUCGUUCGAACAGAAGAAUAUUAGUGUUGAUUAUUAAUCAAAAAACAGACGUGUAUCUUUUUGUCUCCUCGUCCGAACUCUGUCGGUUCCUCCAGCGGAAGCUCGUCUGCAUGUCUGUGACUCGUGUGAAGGAAGUUGUACAUAAGAUUUUUAUCGAAAAAAUAUGUUGGUUUUUUUAAUCUGAGGAUCUUUACCUGGAUAUCAGCUGAUUGUUCUGAGAGUCUCGUCUGCAGAGUCUCGUCUGUUUUGCCCAAUCGGAGCUGAUGUGACGAUUUGUCUUUUUUAAAUACUGUGCAAACAUGUAUGAGUUAUGUGGUUAUUAAAGAUGAUUGCGUGGCACCGAUCUUCGUGUUCGUGUGGUGGAACAACACUCAGAUGUGACUCUGAAAGGAACCCGAGGAGAACCGGUGCACGUUGAAGUAUCAGAAACAUCUUAUCUGGUGGCGUUUUCAGUGGGAGCUGUUUUCUCUCCGUCUCUUAUCUCAACACUUUAUUGACGAGGUUUAAAUUGAUUAUCAGCUGCUCUCUUAUCUCCAACCA